UUGAAGUUGGGCGAGGGAGACAAUUAGGCCUUUUUCUUUCGCUUCUCCAGCAAGUUUCGGUGCGUCGGCAAGUUGUUAACCACGGCGAGAAGUCCAGGGAUUCGUUAUGAAUCCAGAAGAUGGUUACGAACUCGAUGAGUCUUGCUUUGAGGGUGCCGGCGCAGCGUCUGGUAGAAGGCUCGUCCAUCGCAGGCCUGUCACUGAACGGCGGCUCCGGGGUGCCCGUGACCAGCAGCGUCGGCACGGUGGGGACUGCUGAGGCCGCGGCCGUGGAGCACCAGGCAGCGGACACGUCGACACCCGGCAUGGCGGAAGGUGGAGAGGAGAAGCCACGCUGCCCGCUGUGCCCGUUUGCCACGGACAACAUGGACGAGAUGAACAAGCACGUGGCCCUGCACCAAGUGGCAGCUGUGCAGCAGCAGCAGCAGCAACAACAGCAGCAGCAACAGCAGCAGGCGGCAGCGGCAGCCGCGGCGGCAGCAGCGGUGGCGGCGGCGUGCGGCAUGUGCCCAGAUGGCAAGGAAACGGCGGUGACCCUGUACGGGUGCGGGGUGUGCGCCAAGGCUUUUGCCCUGAAGGAGGAGCUGGACGAGCACAUGCAGAGCCACGCCAGCCGGCUGUUCAGCUGUGCAGUGUGUGGGGCGAUAUUCGUGGAUAAGGAGCACUUGGAAGGGCACAUGCGCACGCACGCCCCACCGGAGGUGUUUAGCUAUGGCGGGCCGGGUAAGCCCCCCCUUUGCUCGUCGUCCUCUUGCCCGACCGCCGAGGGGCCUCGGGGCAAGAAGCGGCCCUUUGUGUGCCCCACGUGCGGCAAGGCAUUCCGCCGCAAAGAGCACGUAGAGAGGCACUUGAAGAUGCACACGGGGGAGCGUAACUUCGGCUGCGCCACGUGCGGCAAGUCGUUUAGUCAGAAGGUACACUUAGAGAAUCACGUGCGGAUACACACCGGCGAGCGGCCCUUCAGCUGCCACGUGUGCGGCAAGGCCUUCCGGCGCAAGGAACACAUCGGCCGCCACAUGAAGACACACACAGGUGAACGGCCCUUCUGCUGCUCUGUCUGCGCCAAGCCCUUUGGCCAGCGGGCCCACUUGCUCAACCACCUGACCAUACAUUCUGGAGAGCGCCCCUUUAGCUGCGCCACGUGCCAGCGCACCUUCCGCCUGAGGGAGCACGCGGAGCGCCACGCGCGCACCCACGCCCCGCCCACAGAGGGACCCAAGGAGUCCAAGGCCCUGGUGCGGCUCCACAAGGGACCCAUUGCCACCACGACAGCCACGGCCACCAUGGUGGACCCGUCUGCAGCCACCACGCACCGCUGCCCCCUCUGCCCCUUCGCAACAACCUCAGUGAAUGACUUCUGCAAGCAUGUGGUGCUGCAUGCUGAGGGCCGCUCUAAUUGCACUGUCUGUGACAAGAAAGAGGUGGUCGAGCCCCUUGAGGCCCCUAAGCCAGGACCUGGGGUGGUUACUGUGGCGACCGUGGCCCCACCUUCACCCCAACGCUGUGGCGUGUGUGGUGAGACAUUUGGAGACGUCACUGCACUGCAGUGCCACAUUCGCAGCUGCCACACGGAGCCCGCUGGUGCCACCCAGCUGCUUUGGAGCUGCUCCUUCUGUGGUCUCGUGUUUAGCCAGAAGGCCCAGCUGGACACACACAUGGCUGGCCACAUGGCUGUGAGCGAUCGUACCCCGUGGACCGCGACAGCACGCACUGUAGAGCCACUAGCCAAGCCGAAGGAACGGCCCUACACGUGCCCGACGUGCGCAAAGACCUUCUGCCAGAAGGCCCACCUGGAGAACCACUUGCGCAUCCACACGGGUGAACGCCCCUUCAGCUGCACCGUGUGCGGCAAGGCAUUCCGGCGCAAAGAGCACAUUGGACGCCACAUGCGCAUCCACACAGGGGAGCGGCCCUUCUGCUGCCCGCAUUGCGGCAAGCGCUUCAGCCAGAAGGUGCACCUGGAGAGCCACGUGCGCAUCCACACUGGGGAGCGGCCUUUCAGCUGCUCGGCCUGUGGCAAGACCUUCACUCGCAAGGAGCACAUUGAGCGGCACAUCAAGACACACACUGGUGAGCGCAUGUUUGUCUGCUCGUCGUGUGGCAAGUCCUUCAACCAGAAGGCCCACCUGGAGAGCCACAUGCGGACACACACAGGCGAGCGCCCCUUCAACUGCUCGCCGUGCGGCAAAACGUUCCGCCAGAAGGUGCAGCUGGAGCGCCACAGCCGUACCCAUGCUCCGCAGCUUCUGCAGAUGCCUCCUCAGCAGCAAGCACCUCAGCAACAGCAGCAGCAGCAGCCCGGCUGCUCCGAGGAGCAGCAACAGCAGCAGAGAGUGCCCCUGUGCAUACCGGGCUGUCCGACAUGUGGCAAGGCCUUCUGUUGCCACCUUGAGCCUGGGCUCAACAUUCGCAACCUUCUGGGUGAAGCCGCAGCUCAGCAGCAGCAGCAACAGCAGCAGCAACAGCAGCAACAACAACAACAACAGCAGCAACAGCAGCAGCAGUGUGCCGUGCAGGACCCAGUGGCCAAGGCAACUGCAGCUGCAGGGCCUCUGUAGCCUCGCCUUGAGAUCCUUAUUUUGACUGUUACAGACUUGAGUGACUCCGGUGGCGGGUGUUUGUCCUUGUUCCCCCUUUCUAAAGUGCGCGCGCGUUGUGAGCGCGUAAACCGUGGCUUUGAUGAUGAAAAAGAAAAAAAAAAGAAACCUUUUUGCUGUUAUAUGCCUUCAGUGUAAGUUAACAUUCUCCAUUGCCCAUUUUUAGCCUGUUUGACCACAAUAAAGGAGCUUUGACACACGCCUGCUAGCUCGGAUUGCAGUAACCGCGAGGUGUGCAGGAUGUGAUCACGAUUGUUCAAUGAAUAGGCUGUAUACGCAAUUUUUGCGGGAAUGUUUGCAACGUUGGAGGAAAUAGAGAAUGAUGCCAAUAA